AGUAAAAGAAGACCACUAUCAACAACCCCCCCCCCAACACACACACAUAUUGUAUAAUGCCAAGAUCUGAGCUGUCCAGUAUAGGCAAUCUCAUACAGUCAGGAAGCAGAUUGGUGGUUGCCAGGAGUAGUGGGGAGGCAAGAAGGGGAAGUGCCUAUUGAGUAUGAGUUACUUACCCGAGUGGUGAAAAAUGUUCUGGAAUUAGAUAGUGGUGAUGGCUGCACAACUUUCUGAAAAUACAAAAAACUAAAGAAGUGCAUACAUGGAAAGGGUAAAUUUUAUAGUAUAUAAAAUUAUGUCUCAGUAAAAUUAGUACCAUCAAAGGAUAAUAAUAUUCCCAAAUGCGUUGGUGAAGGAGAAUGCUUCACAAAUAGAGUAAACAAAAUGAAAAAUAGAAAGGAGAUGAAAAUUACUAAGAAGGGGAUCAUUUUGUAUUUUAUUGAAUUUCUCCUUUGAGGCAGAGGGUUCAGAUUCAGUGUAAAUGUGAAGCUCAACACAAAAGUAAUUUGCAGCUUUCUUCCUGUCAGAUCAACAUGUUGACAAUAGUGAAGAAAUAAGACUCAGUUUUUGCUAAAGUUCUUGCUGUACUCGCAGGGGAAAAUACAGAACAAGGAAUAUAAUUAAUCCCAUGUUAGCAUAUACUGAAGCCUGAGGGUGAAAGCGUCAGAGAUUUAAGUACCACAUGCUAUCUGGUAAAAUAAAAUACUAUCUGCCUAUUUUUCAGCCACCUGUAGCAAAUGCAGAAAGACCUACUCAUCUCAGGUAGGUUCCUGAGUCUCCAAAUUUAAGGAACAUAGGGGAAAUUUUUGACAUUUUUGAAAAAGAAAUUUAUAAAUGAUUGAUUUUUACAGCUGCUGACACAGUUUAAUAAAGUCAGCAAUCUAUCAUCAAAAAAUUAUAUUUUUUCUCAGAACAGAACUGACUGAAAUUAUUAGUAUUCACAAAAUAGUAUUUUAAUGAUUUUAUUUUAAUCCAGGGUCACAGGAGAACUGUUUAUCACUGGGGAAGUAUGUACAUGAAUUUAAGUUUUUUUAUUUCAGAAAUAAUUUAGAUAGCACCUUACAAAUAGCAACAUGCAUAUUCACCUCCAUGUGAACCACAUGCUAUAUUUACUUAACUCCAAGAAAAAGUAAAUUCUCAUAUAUCAACAAAUGCAUAUAUGCUUUCAAACACGUGACACACACAUAAAUAUACAGAUACACAAGUAAGAGAAGCCUUUAUAUCUCAGAAAGAUGUAUUGUCCAUCAUUCUAUUUACAUUUUUUAAAUUUAAAACUCCAUUUAAAAACCAAAAAGAUGCAAAUGUAUGUGUUGUAUUCUAUUGUUUUCACUUCUUUUUAGCACUUUUCUUUGGUCAAGAGAGUCAUCUUUGGCACCAGACAACUCCCACAAAUAGGGCAUGAGUAUUGUGACAGAGCAAUAAGAAUUUCUAGAGGAAAGGUUUAAUGGUUAUUUCAUGUCUCACCAAAAACUAAACAUAAUUUAGACCAGGAACAGUAACAUAAUCAUUUUCAUUAUUAUUCGUUAAUGAUACUCACUGUUUCUAGAAUUAACAUCAAGUCUUUUAAGCCAACCAUAUUGAGGAACGUAACAAUGGUAAUCAUUUUUUGUGUCCAUGUGACUAUUUUCAGGCUUAGAAAAUGCUUAGUCAUACAUCUUACAGGCUGGUCCCACUAACAUCGUCUCUUCCACAUUAUUUUGAGUGUAGAAUGAGAUAUUAAUUCAUCUAAAUCUACGCCAGAGAGAAGAAACUUAAAGUCUGGAGAAAUAGAACUUACAGAAAUUCACAUAUAUUAUGAAUGAUAUGUACACCAGAUAAAAAUUUUCCAAUAUCUAUCUCAAUUUAUUUUUUAUCAUUCUCAAAUACUUAGCAACCCUUCUUUAAUUGAUGAGUAAUUUAAUGGGAACAUGGCUGGAUAAUUUUCUGAGCAUUAAAAAACAAUUACAGAAAGAAAUUGUGUUCUCCUGUUCAAAUAUUUGUGGACUUCUGGAAAAGUUAAAAUGUAUCUAUCAUUUUUUUUAUUAUUUCCUCAUAAAUUUAGGUAAGAACAAAGAGGAAUGAUUGGAGAAAAUUGCUCCUCCUUGAAUGGAUUCAUUUUCUUGGGAAUGUCCAAUAACCCUGGGAUGAAAGUGAUCCUGUUUACCAUGUUUAUAGUUGUUUAUCUCAUUAAUUUUGGGGGAAAUCUUGGAAUGAUUGCUUUAAUUAGAAUGGAUUCCCAACUGCACACACCGAUGUACUUUUUCCUCAGCCACCUCUCUUUCUGUGGCCUUUGUUAUUCCACAGCAAUUGGUCCCAAGAUGCUGGUGGAUGUAUUUGCCAAGAACAAAUCAAUCCCCUUCUAUGGCUGUACUCUGCAAUUCUUCAUCUUCUGUACCUUUGCAGAUUCUGAGUGUCUAUUGUUGGCUGUGAUGGCCUUUGAUCAGUACAAGGCCAUUAGAAACCCAUUGCUCUAUGUAGCCAAUAUGUCCAAUCGAGUGUGCUCCCUGCUCCUGGCUGGGGUUUAUCUGGUGGGAAUGGCAGAUGCUUUGAUGCACACCUCAUUAACAUUCCACUUAUGCUUCUGUGGGUCAAAUGAGAUUAAUCAUUUCUUCUGUGAUUUACGACCACUUUUCCUCCUUUCCUGCUCUGAUACACAAGUCAAUGUGUUGGUAUUAUUCACCAUUUUUGGCUUCGUUGAACUGAGCAACAUUUCAGGAGUUCUUGUCUCUUACUGUUAUAUUAUCCUAUCAGUCUUGAAGAUCCACUCUGCUGAGGGGAGGUUCAAAGCUUUCUCCACCUGCGCCUCUCACUUAACAGUUGUGGCAAUUUUCCAGGGAACUAUUCUCUUCACGUAUUUCAGGCCGAGUUCUUUAUAUUCCUUAGAUCAAGACAAAAUGACCUCAUUGUUUUACACACUUGUGAUUCCCAUGUUAAACCCUCUGAUUUAUAGCCUGCAGAAAAAGGAUGUGAAAGAGGCCCUAGAAAAAUUGAGAAGUAAAAGAUGGUUUUAAAUACUUGUGUGUACACAUACACACUCACACAUUUAAUGAUUGUUAUUUUCAUAAAAUUAUAUAAUAUGAUACAAGAGAAACAUAAUUUUCUCACAUAUUUAAAUAAAUGAGUAUCUGUAAUAAAGCUCGACCACAAGAAAAUGUUGCAGUUCCCCAAAUCUGUCAAGAUUUACCAUGGUCUUGAAUUUAGUUGUGAUCCAUCUUUUUGUAGAAAAUGUUCCCAAACCUUCUAAUUUUGCCACUUUUUUUAAUCAUACUUUCACUCAAGCAUCAUUUCAAGUACUAAGAUUUAUUGUGUUCACUAUGUGCUCUUUGUGCAUUUAGAUGCUCUGCAUUUCAGGAUGAAUCCAGAAGUUUCUAUACUAAUAAACUCUAUAAUGAAGAAAAAUAAAUAGACGUUACUUAACUAAACACUCAAAUAAUUCCUAAUAAGGCUCAAAACUUUCAUAAAGUUAAAAAUUGGAGGUUAACAAUCUAGAAAAAAUGUGAAAAUCUAGUCGGUAGAAGAAAAGCUUCCCUGGAUGGAAAUGAAUAUCUGAAUAGUCUUAGAUCUAAAAAGAAAUGCGAUUUGGGGAGCAGAAAGGAUUCUAGAAAGAGAGCCUGACAGGUACAGAAGUCUUCCCGUGGCCGAUUUUAUAACGUUUUAGCAUUAAAGAAUCCCAAGGAUAGGUUAUAAAGAGCAAUGUAAAGUGCCUUGAUAAAUUACAUCAUUGCGCUGUAAUUAUUUACUAUCAACUCCUCUAUCACUUCUUGCAGGAAGCUUCUCUUCAAUUCCUCCCCUUUCUCAGCUUUGGUUAAAUGUCCCUUUUUAUAGUUCACAGACAGCUGUCUCCUUUAAGCAUUGUUUUAAUACCACCCUGUUCAUUCAAUCACCGUCUCUAAUAUGCAAUUUUGAGCCAUUUUUGCUCAAGGACUGAGAAUUCCAUCCCUGUUAUCCAAAGUACCUGCAUAGUGUUUGGGACAGCAAAAGGCAAAACAAACAAAUAAAAACAAUAAAAUAAAAUUGUAGAUAACAUGUUUGACUGCCUAUUAGAUGUCAGUAACACAAAAUUAACUGAAGUUAUGGUAUGUGGCUUGUAUAUAUACAUUUUAUAACUUUUAUGAAAGUACGUAUAGUGGAUGUGGAUACUAAAGUAAUGGAUCUGUAAAGACAUACAUGCCGAUUACACUUAAAGUAAAGAGGAUUUGCCUAUGUAUGUUCUUAAUAUUUGUCUGUUUCAUCUGUCUCUGCUAUUGCUUCUGACAGUUAAAGCACUGAAUCAGCUUGUUGAGACAACAUGGUUAUGGCUAUAGAAUUGAAGGACCUUGAAAGACUCAAGGUUACUCUUUAUUAUCCAUUAGAAUGAUAGAAGUUAAAGGCCAUUGAAUGUCUUAGAUUUUCUAGUUGCCAUUGUAAAAUGCCUUUGUGGGAAAUCAUUUCAAAAUGGAAGUAAAACCCAAGAAGACUCUCUGAUUUUCCAAAGAGCAUUUGUGGGACAGUGUGACCUAUCACAUUAUCAUGACAGAAAAAAAAAUAUUAUGGAGACUAUUUCUCUUCUUUUUGACAAAAGGCUUUAAGGGUUUUCAACUGAACUAUAUUUCCUCAGUUAACAAAUGCUCUUCUGGAAUUGUUACUUAUGAGUAGCAGCAUGGUAGAAAACACUGUUUGAAAUGUAUUGUCUAAGAAAAAUGGGAUGUCAGUGGAUCGCUGCUAAUUUAGAUGAAGUAAAUAUUUCACCUUUUUAACUUAUCUCCCUCCAUUAUGAAAAGUAUAUAUUUUAGAAUCAAAAGACUGAUUAUCAAUAUAUUGACAGUUUUAUCAGGAUGAAAGGGUUUGAACUAAAGAGAUGAGAAUGUUAAGCCCUGUAAAUGAAAUUCCAAACUUAGAAUUGAUUGAUUGAAUUAAUUGUGUGCUUCCUCACCCUGAAUAUAUUAGGCUUAAUAACACAUUACAAGGAAUAUAUUUUUAGGAGAUUCAUGACUGAAACAGAACUUUGGGGAGAUGUCGUCUAAGGACUCUUUUAUCUCCAUAUUCUACAUAAAUAGGGGACACCACAUCAAAAUACUAUGAUGUUUUAUAGCCUCUCUACUUCCAUUCUAUCAUUCCCUUCCCUUCUUCGGUUCUCUACAUGACAUCAUUCUCACACAUCCCCAGUGACUGAUGGACAAUAUAAUUGUCCAAAUAAAGUAUUUUUGGGGUUAAGGAAAGGUCUUUAAUGAUAGUGACAUAGGAAGCUCCUGAACUCCCCUUUUCCCAUGGACACGCCAAGUGAACAGCUACACAUGCCACAAUUCCCUCUGAAGGAAAUCAAAAAAACAGCUGAGUGACUCUUACACAUCAGAAGAAUGAAAACAUAUCCACAAUGAAAUGGCUAGGAAAAGCUGAGACAGACUUUUGUAAUAAAUCCUACCCCCAGCAAAGGGACAUACAAUUGGGAGGAAACCUCUAGCUCUCAGCUUCUCCCUGACAAGUGAACGAUUUGGACUCCACAACUAGAAGCCCAACUUUUAAGACUCUCAGCAGAGGGAUAGGCCUCCAAAUCUUCUAUCCUUGAAAGCCAAUGGGACUUGUUUAAACAAGACCCAUGAGAGUGUAGCAAAUAAAGAAGUAGUUAUUAAGAGAAGCCAGCACUAGCUGCAGCUAUCACACCAGGGCUCAGAACUGAGAGAGCAGGCAGAAAAUCUCUCAGUCUUUCCCUGAAUGGAAUCUAUACGCAAACAUUAAAAGCUACUGCCUCAGGGACAGGCUGCUAAUUUAGCAAGCAUUGUGUGGCUGACUGAGAUCCUCCCUGGAGAUCAGAAAAGCCUGUGGGCACCCCCCUCCACUCUCUCCCUCUUGUUCACCUCAAGUCAGAAGUAUAUCCCUGGAAGGAUCUUGCAUAGACAUCUGCACCCCAGCUUUUGUGAUUGCUAUCUGAGGAACAUAUCCCCAGAUAUCCUGGCUCUGAUAACCAACAGGACUUCCAUUCGGGAAUACCACUGAAGUUUAAAAUCAUGCCAAGCACACAAUGGUAUGAAACUAGACAACACACAGAAGUAGAAAACUGGAAAAUUCACAAAUAGAUAAAGAAUAAUCAACAUGCUCUUGAACAACCAAUGGGUCAAACUAAAAAUCAAUAGAGAAUUCAAAAAAAUAUCUUGAGAUAAAUAAAAAUACAAAUAUAACAUGCCUAAAGUUAAGGGAUGUGGCAAAAGCAGCUCUAAGAUGAAACUUUAUAGUUAGAAAUGCUUACAUUAAGGAAAAAAAGGUCUCAAAUAAACACCCUAGCUUUAUACCUCAA